AUGGGCACCUGUGUCUCCAUCCACAGGGAUCCGAAGUCCAACAUGAGGUUUCGGCUGGCCGUCGGCACCAAGAAGGCGUACCCUCCUCCGUCUCACCCCAAGGGAGUAGAGUGCGCCGCCGCCGGUGAGCUCGAUGACGGCAAGACCAAGCAGGUGGACGCCGCGUCGGCACGCUGGAGCCCGAGCUUCGGUACGGACUAUCUUCUCUUUGCUUCCAUCUCUCCAAUAGUUCUCCAUUUGAUUGAAUACAACUGCGUGACAUGGUUGCUUUGGCGAUCGACGAUGGCUUUUCUUGAUCCUCUCUUUGUAUUAGAUUGAGAAGGGAACAAAAUGGGGAUUUCUACCACAUAUUCCUUCGUUAAUCCGUUUCAUUUCACUAUGAUUCCUUUCAUUAAGAUGGGAUCGAUGGGCGAUUUCUUACCCGACUCCCGAAGGUUUUGAUUCUUCGAAAGAUAAUUUUGCUCGACUUGUGCUUCAUGAAAGUUGCCUAUAAGGGCAUAUGCGAUCAGGAGGAGAUAUGAGACCUUCUCCACGGUGCAUUCGAGUGAUAUGAACCGGUAGAAUCUUUGAUUCGAGGAGACGAUUUUUGGGCUCGAGAUCACCCAGCCCGAGUGUCCAAACUAAUGGGGCUCGUGAUCGUCCCUUGUGUUUAAGCUCUUCAUCCUUCAUGCUUUGCCUUGACCCGUAUCUGCAGACAAUGAUGGUCCCUGGGUUGACUUCUAGAAUCCAAGUUUCCUUCCUGUUUCACGAUAAUCGAGUAUGAUGAUCAUGCUAAAACCUGCGGCAGUUUACUGAUACCGCUUUCUCUCUGUAAGACUUGUGGAAACUGUGAACGAGCUCUAUUCUUUGAAUUAAAAGAAAAAAAUUUAUAUAUAAUGGCACACGGUAUUCACUCGCGGUUUGAGGAUGAGGAGGGCAAAUCCAAAACUGCAAAACAUUUUGGGUUUUUCAUUUAUUUUAUGUAUGAAUGAAUUUCUGAAGUCGGAGUUCGUCUCUAGUUUUCUUUCAACAUCCUGAGGCCCUGCUCAUUCUCCCCUGUUCUAAGCUCUCCUGCAACUCAUCUUCUUUUAGUUCAAGUGCCCGAAUUUUUUUUUUUCUAUUUUGGCUGACAUCUUGCCAAGCGUCUGCUAGCCACCAUCAAUGAUCUCUUUUCCUAAGAUUAUUUUUUUUAGAUCAACGCGUCAGCUUUCUUUUAGCUAAAUAGCAUAUAUUAUUGUAUAGUGGACUUGAAAUUUUUCGUCUGGGGAUGGUUGCAAACCUACGACCAAAGGAUCUCAACUUAAUUGGCCAUCUGGGCAACUAACUCCAUGUUAAACUAGACCAGACUGAGUACCCAAAAAGGAAAAUUCUUGGGCCUGAUUCGACUGAUUUUCCUGAGACGUGUGUUGCUUGUGGUCCAGUUAUAGAAACUGGGAUGCGUGGGCUUGUAUUUGACGAGUCUUCGUGUGCGUAUGUUGCAGGCAGCAGGGAUGAGAUCUUCUUUGAUUCCCAGGCAUGGCUGGAAUCCGAUUGCGAGGACUUUUACAGUGUGAAUGGAGGUUAGGACUCUGCUUGCUUACUUGUAUCAGAAAAAAUAACUCAAUAUCUUGCGAUUUAAAUAAAUGCUUACUGGUCACUCUGCUCAUCGUCAGCCGGGUUUGGGUCUGAUGGUUUGAUUCUUUCCCAUUGAUUAUGAGCCUGAAAAUUAGGAUUAUACCAUAAUUAGCAAAGUAAUAUUUUAAUAUUUAUUAAUGUCUUGCGAUCAAAAUCGAUGGGUUCACUCUAAAAAUUGCAAAUUGGCUUUGAGUUGGAUAGUCUGACUCUUUCACAUGGAUUAUGAGCAAUCUCAUAUUAUGUUAGAUAGUUGUGACCAAUUCCUAAUCCCAAUCGUUGGUCAUCGGUUUUGCGCUGGAUCUUCCUGCCCAAUAGCCCUAACGAAGUACCACAUGGGUGGAAUAAUUAUUUGCCCUUCUAAAUAAAAAAUAAUGUCUUUCCGAGACGCUUUUUCAUAUUCAAGACUUUAUUUCUGGCAUAAUCAGUACGGGAAUAUUCUUGGGCUUUCUCAUGUGGACAACAUAUCUUUACUAUCACAGGUUUGUUUCUAUAAUAGGCAAAGUGGGACUAUUUCACAGGAAAUAUGAAUAGUAAUCAGUAUGGGACCGUUCUUGAGACGUUUGGAACUGCUGAAUUGACUGUAGAAACGCCAUUUUUGCUCUGAUUUUCAGAUUUUACGCCGUCUCGUGGAAGCACUCCAAACUACCAAACGGGGAAAGGAUUUGGCAACAAGAUCUACACGAAUGGGUUUCCAGAAUCCCAACCCGAGCCCUCUCCUCGGAAGAAGCUGGCUGAAUUAUUCCAGGAGAACCCGCCCGGGGAACCUGCAGGGCCGGGAAGUGGUGCUGCUGAAGGAAGGCCACAACCCGGUGGGAUCCCAAAGGGGGCUAACCCAGUUCAGCUCCCAAAAUCUGUCCCUGAUGAGGAGGAAGGAGGAGAGAAGGCCACGCAUUGCUGCCUGCCCAGUCUGACUCACAGCCUCAACUUCGCCGAGAGGAAGAAAUAA